AUGUUUUUCAGCCAGCGUCUGCCAUCCGCUCCGGACGAGAUCUAUUCAUCCAGUCUCGACACACUUCAUCUGGGCCACGCGCUCUGGUACCCGGAACCGCAUGUGACGGGGGAGCCGCAUAUUGGCGACGUGGGCUUCAUGCGAGAGGGUGCCUUUGUCAGGCUAUUUAACCUGGACACGUCCGCACCCGAGAAGGAGGUCAAGUUCUGGCCGAAGCGUUUCGAGAAUAUCGAGUCCUUGCCUCCGGAUGUGCUGCAAAUCGACUCCAGAAGCUGCCCGCUCGUUCCGGAUCAUUAUUGCAGCGAUGGAGUUGAGAGGAAGGAGAUGCAUGCGUCUGUGGAUGUGGCGACUAGCGUAGGCGCUUCCGCGACUCUCAGUGCUAAUUACACGUGCAAGGCAGCACAAGGGGCAGUUCUCGUACUCCAGAGCGAGGCGCAUACCGAGUCGCUCUUCGAGAACCAUCUCCUUCACACGUACAUUGCCCGGAACUACGACAAAUGGUACGCGUAUGCCAAGGACGAUCUAGGCCAGGCUAUUCAGCAAGAGAGUAUCAUCGUGAUCAGAGGAUGGGUGAAGACUACGUCGGACUGGGCAGCCGUUGCCUUCCGCAACACGACCACAACGACUAAGUUCUCACUUAAAGGUCGUGUUGGUAACGCUGUGGGGGCCGAGAUGGGCGGCUCGCGUACGAGCUCUGUGAGGGGUCCACGCAUGCAGCGUCAAGGUAAGAAUUACUCCGCGAAGGCGUCCGGUCUCCCUGUCCCAGAGGCCAAGAGGAACCAGUGCCCCUUCUUGAAGCGCUACAAACUACGUAGGCGGCCGGGAUUUCCGUGGAAAGUGAUUGCGAGUGCGGGCUAUCACGUGCUUCCGGAUUCAGGAGACGCAAGGGGUACUUCGGGGAUGGAAGGUGUUGUGGCGUGGGACCAGGAUCUAGACGAGCGAGGUAUGUACUUCUUCAGGAUGUGUUGCAAUGCACACAAGCUGAUACGAGAGCAGGGUGAGGUUCUCGAUCCACUGGACAUCCUUCUAGACUACAUAUUGGAGAAUGGCUAUCGGGUAGUCGAUUUUGCAAGCUAUCUUCGCCAAUUGCAGCCUCCGGUGAGGGUUGAUGACACACGUAAGUCUCUCGUCUCCUUGUGGUGUUGCAAUAUCUAA